ACAAGCCUGGCGGCUCACCUGACCUAACCCAGUCAUUUAUAGUCCAGCAUACAGCUGCUACUGUAGAGUGGUCAGCGGCGACAAAACUUGAGGCAAGAAAACAUCACCAUGAACACUCUGAACCAGCAGUAUGAGGAGAAGGUGCGUCCCUGCAUCGACCUCAUUGACUCUCUUCGCUCUCUGGGUGUAGAGAAGGAUUUAGCGCUGCCUGCUAUCGCCGUGAUCGGAGACCAGAGCUCGGGGAAGAGCUCCGUGUUGGAGGCGCUGUCCGGGGUGGCUCUGCCCAGAGGAAGUGGCAUUGUGACACGAUGUCCUCUUGAACUGAAGAUGAAGAAAAUGAGAGAAGGGGAGCAGUGGGCUGGAGUGAUCAGUUACCGUGACGUUAGGGAAGAGAUAGACGACCCUGCAGAUGUGGAUGAAAAAGUCAGAGAAGCUCAGAACAAAAUGGCUGGGAAAGGGGCGGGGAUCAGUGAUGAACUCAUCAGCCUGGAAAUCGCCUCUCCUGAUGUUCCAGAUCUGACGCUCAUUGAUCUGCCUGGCAUCACCAGGGUAGCUGUAAAGGGACAAUCGGACGACAUUGGAGACCAGGUAUCUUGACCAAGCCUGAUCUGGUGGACAAAGGCACAGAAGGGACGGUGCUGGAAGUUGUCCAUAACGAGGUGAUCCACCUGAAGAAGGGCUACAUGAUCGUCAGGUGCAGGGGCCAGAAGGAGAUCACUGAC